AUGGUUUACACGAUUUCAGGCGUACGUUUCCCUCAUCUUCCAUCGAUUAAAAACUCGUCUCUCCCCAGUUUCAAUGACGAUCGGAGAAGCAACGCCGUUUCGUUUUCUCUGAGGAAGGACUCUCGUUCUUCUGGGAAGAUAUUUGCUCGGAAGCCAUCCUAUGACUCUGAAUCUUCUUCUCUAGCUACCACUGCAUCUGAGAAGCUCGGUGGCCAUCAGAGUGAUAGCUCUUCACCUGUCACUGAUCAAGUAGAAUCUCCGGAAACUGUCUCUGGAGAUACUCAGGUACAUGACGAUGUAGAGGCCCAGAAAAUUGAGACGGAGGGACAAGAUCAAGCUUCUGAACUUUCUACAUCUGGAGGCCAGAAUUAUAAAGCAAACAUUGCAACUAUGUCAGAGUCUCUCGUCCAAGAAGUUGGACAGAGGAGGAUUCCACCUCCGGGAGAUGGGAAGAAGAUAUAUGACAUUGAUCCUAUGUUGAAGAGCUAUAAUGGUCAUCUUGAUUAUCGAUAUGGGCAGUACAAAAAACUGCGUGAAGAAAUCGACAAGAAUGAAGGUGGUCUAGAGGCAUUUUCUCGUGGUUAUGAAAUAUUUGGCUUCACUCGAAGCACCACUGGGAUCACUUACCGAGAAUGGGCACCGGGAGCUAAGGCAGCAUCACUGAUUGGAGAUUUUAAUAACUGGAAUUCUAAAGCUGAUGUCAUGACUCGGAACGACUUUGGUGUGUGGGAAAUAUUCCUGCCCAAUGAUGCUGAUGGCUCGCCAGCAAUUCCCCAUGGGUCCCGCGUGAAGAUUCGCAUGGAUACCCCAUCUGGAAUUAAAGACUCCAUUCCAGCUUGGAUCAAGUACUCUGUCCAGCCACCAGGCGAGAUUCCAUACAAUGGAGUAUAUUAUGACCCUGCUGAGGAGGAGAAAUAUGUGUUCAAACACCCUCGUCCAAAGAAACCCACAUCACUGCGGAUAUAUGAAUCACAUGUUGGAAUGAGUAGUACGGAACCAAUGAUAAAUACAUAUGCCAACUUUAGAGAUGAUGUACUUCCCCGUAUAAAAAAGCUAGGCUAUAAUGCUGUUCAGAUAAUGGCCAUUCAGGAGCAUUCCUACUAUGCCAGCUUUGGGUAUCAUGUGACAAACUUUUUCGCUCCUAGCAGUCGCUUUGGAACACCUGAUGACCUUAAAUCUUUGAUAGACAAAGCUCAUGAGCUGGGUCUAGUUGUUCUGAUGGAUAUUGUGCACAGCCAUGCAUCAAAAAACACACUGGAUGGCCUGAACAUGUUUGAUGGCACUGAUGGUCAGUAUUUCCACUCUGGUACGCGGGGUUACCACUGGAUGUGGGAUUCUCGUCUUUUCAAUUACGGAAGCUGGGAGGUGCUUCGGUAUCUUCUGUCCAACGCGAGAUGGUGGCUAGAAGAAUACAAGUUUGAUGGGUUCAGAUUUGAUGGCGUGACAUCCAUGAUGUACACUCACCAUGGAUUACAGGUCGAAUUUACUGGGAAUUACAAUGAUUACUUUGGAUAUUCUACCGAUGUUGACGCCGUGGUCUAUCUAAUGCUGGUGAACGAUCUGAUUCAUGGGUUAUACCCUGAGGCUAUUGUUGUCGGCGAAGAUGUUAGUGGGAUGCCAGCUUUUUGCAUUCCUGUCCAAGACGGUGGUGUGGGUUUUGACUACCGUCUGCACAUGGCUGUGGCUGAUAAAUGGAUUGAGCUUCUCAAGAAGAGAGACGAGGAUUGGCAAGUUGGUGAUAUAGUUUUCACGCUUACCAACAGGAGGUGGGGAGAGAAAUGUGUCGUCUAUGCGGAAAGUCAUGAUCAAGCUCUUGUUGGUGACAAAACGAUUGCGUUCUGGCUUAUGGACAAGGACAUGUAUGAUUUCAUGGCCGUGGAUAGACAGGCCACUCCACGUGUAGACCGUGGGAUCGCCUUACACAAAAUGAUCCGUCUCAUUACGAUGGGGUUAGGUGGAGAAGGAUACCUCAAUUUCAUGGGAAACGAGUUUGGACACCCUGAAUGGAUCGACUUCCCGAGGACUGACCAGCACCUUCCUGAUGGCAGAGUCAUCCCUGGGAAUAACGGUAGUUAUGAUAAAUGCCGACGUAGGUUUGAUCUGGGAGAUGCAGAAUAUCUUAGAUACCAUGGACUGCAGGAGUUUGAUCGGGCAAUGCAACAUCUCGAGGAGACGUAUGGUUUCAUGACUUCGGAGCACCAGUACAUAUCGCGCAAGGAUGAAGGAGACAGAGUCAUCGUCUUCGAGAGAGGUAACUUGGUCUUUGUCUUCAACUUCCACUGGACCAACAGUUACUCUGACUACCGUAUCGGUUGCUCUGUCCCCGGAAAGUACAAGAUCGUUUUGGACUCUGACGACUCUUUAUUCGGAGGCUUCAAUCGGCUAGAUGAUUCCGCCGAGUUCUUCACCUCUGAUGGAAAGUACGAUGAUAGGCCCUGUUCCUUCAUGGUGUAUGCGCCGUGCAGAACCGCUGUAGUUUACGCUGCAGUUAAGGGUGAUGAAGUAAAGGGUGACGAAGAUUCUUCCUUAGUGCCCAUAAGCCUUGUGCCCGAAGAUGUCUAG